CUGUCGCCUGGAAUGUUAAAGAAUUUUCUUUCAUUAAAUAUUAACAUGCGUUGUGUCAGUCGAAAUAUUAACUUCGUCGGUUCUUUGGUAUUCGUCUUCUUAAGAUAAAGAAAACGUUCGACGAAUUAUAUCACGAAAGUUUUUCUCCCGGAGAAUCUUUUCGAAAUGAUUUUCAAGUCAUGAGGUUCCUCGUUGAAAUUGCAGUUACAAUAAACUCAGUGUCAAAUGGAAAAGAAGUCAGAUGGGGAAGCCGGCCCGAUAUUGUACUUGCCCUGUGCCAAUUUUUUGUGUUCAAUGACGUUGUGCCAACCCCUAAAACGACUGCAUUUGUCAUACAAAAAAUCGUUGGAGAAAAAGAAGAGCUUUUAUUGAUGAGAAGAAGUAACGACACUUUCUUAAUUAUCAUCGAACUUAGCGAGAAAAUUCGUGAAAAAUCUAAGAACACUUGCCCCAGACCUCGAAGUAUAGAAUCAGAGCAAUACUGGGAUCAGCGUCGAUAACAAGCAGUUGAAAGUUCACUGACGUUCAUAUCAAAUGUAUGCUGUACUUGAUGAUGGCUUCGCAACUGAUAAAAUGAGAAUAAUGCUCUUGUGAUGAGACUUGAAGCUUUUCUUCUUCUACUGUUCUUUGCAUGUUUGUCAUGUUUGACAAAAACUUACUUGGCGUUAGUGACGAAACAAAGCGAACGUCAUAACAUAACUGUAAAUAUUCCUAACAGCGUACCGACAGCGACAAGGCAAAAUGUUCAUUAUAACCUCGAUGUGAUUAAACUGAACUCAAAAGCAAAUGAGAUGAUCAACGGUGGAUUAACCGAAUGGUCAAACUGGUCAGAAUGCAGUUCUGCUUGUGGAAGACGAACUCUCCGGUCACGUGAACGCUACUGCUCCAAUCCUGUACCGUCAAAUGGUGGUGCUGAUUGUGAGGGUGAAAGAUUUCAGCUUGAUAUGUGUGAAAUGUUACCUUGUUCAAGUGAUCUUGCAUUGUCUCCCGUAGAACGCCAUGUAAUCAAGAAUUUUCAUCCGUGGUCAACCUGGAGCAGAUGUACAUGUGGCAAAGCGACACAGACUCGCUUUAGACUGUGUUCCAAGCAUUCUUUGGCAUCUUGUUUUGGUCCCAAACUUCAAAGAAAAAAAUGCAGGCCUAGAGGAUGUAAAAUUUUAGCUAUGGAUAAAGCCAGUGUGGUCGACAUUGAUCCAAAACAAAUCUGUGGUUUUGAUCCAUGCGAGUUGUCCAAAUGCCUAUUAUCACCUCUUGGCUCAUGUGUUAGCGAUUAUAAGUGCCGUCCUGUCUUCUUUGAUGUCAACAAUAAGCGAGUUGACGGUUGUGUGGGGAGACACGUGUACAUAAAUCCACUGCGAGUUUCUAAAUUGUGCAAGAUCAAUCCUUGUCGUUUUACAAGAUGUUUAAUGGAUUUCACUGAAGAGCGUUGCGUUGUUGGAACAAGAUGUCAGGCGGUGUACUACAGUGCCGAAGGUCGUCCUCAGCAUUGUACAGCUGUCCUAAAAGUUCCUGCUCGUGAUGUUUGUGGAUAUGAUCCUUGUAACACGGAAUCUUGUGCGGACAAUCCAAAUGCCAGGUGUCUAGUGACGUCUAAGUGUCGGCCUGUUUUUGUGAAUGCUUUUGACGAGCGUAUUCGCAAGUGCGAAGAGGAUAAUGCUUCAAAAAACAAUCGCAUUUACGAUUCCAAUGAAGAGGAAUUUGAAGCAGAACCCGAUGACGACGACGACGAUGAGGAUGGUGAUGGUAAUGAAGAAAAUGACGAAUUGCAUGAUAAACAGGACAUGUUUAAUGACGAUUAUGAGACUUUAGACAAAUCAAAUGAUAAUCGUGACAGUUUUAUUGAUAAAUAUGCUUCAAGUGAUGAGCGAUAUGGGUCAAGGAAUGAUCACAUCGGUGUAGAUGAUGCUGAUGACGAUUCUGCUUUUGAACAAUAUCGGCCUCAUACUAGACAACCUAAUUUUGGUGAAAGAAAUCGUGAGGAAGGAGUCAGUGAUACAGAUGAUGAUAAUGAUUAUGAUGAUGAUAGUAUCGAUGAUAAUUAUGAUAAUCUUGUAGCUCAUGAAGCAAGCGAAUUUGUUGGAUCUGAACGAGAGAAAAAUUCCACCCGGAUUCAUACAGCGAACGCACAAAUGAAGAAAAACACGUGGAUGUUUUCAAAUCCGCUUUUCAAAAUGCCGAAUGUUGGGGACAGCGACAGAAGAUCUACGAGGUCCGACCGAAAGAAUGUGAGCGGUGUUGAUCCGACGACCAUCAAUCUUCAAGAUUUAGUGAGUGGAAAGUUAGACAAUUCUAAUGGAUUGCUUGUUGGAACAUUGAAGAAAUCGAUGAAAAUACUUUCGAAUAGGAAGCCAACAACGUAUUACUAUUUUGAAACGAAAGGAAGAAAUCCGAAGGAGAAUAGACAAUUCAUGAUUAUCACAUCGCAAAAGUCGAAGAAAUCGAAUGUUCAUUCCAGAGAGGAUGUGGGUAGACCUUUGCAUCAAAACAAUCAUCGCUUAAAUAUCCAUUAGUUAGUUGGCGUGUAUAUAACAUUGGUGUUUUGACUUUAAGAAAUCGAAUGUUCCUUCCAGAGAGGAUGUGGAUAGACCUUUGCAUCAAUACAAUCCUUUGCAUCAAUAUACAAUCAUAGUUCGAAUAUCAAUUAGUUAGUUGACCUGUAUACAACAUAGGUGUUUAGACUUUAAGCAGAGUUCAUUUGACUAAAGUAUUACAUUAUUUUUGUCGUGCGGACAUGCUACCAUAA